GUGACCGUCGAGCUGGACGGAUGUGUUACGGAUCGCUGUUAGGACUCCUCUAAAGCGCAAAAAAGGAGGAUUAUUACCAAGGCUACCAAGCCACCUGCAAGAUGAUGGUGCGUGGGAUGUUCCUCAUGGACAUCCAGCCUCAAUAACCUCCUGUUAAGGACUUCCUCCUCCUUGUACAGGAUGUUGUGAACAUUUGAUAACAUUAAAUCAAAAUCGAGAAAAUGAGAAACACGACGUUGCUUAACCAAUCAAAGUCUGAUUGAAUGUGAUUGUGUUUAUCUGUGGAAGGAUAUCAAGACAAUUAAUAAUAUCAGAACAUUAUCGAUUUCAAAUUCAAUCCAGGACGCAGGACUUCGAAUGAUGUGUUGACAUAAAAUGAUUCUUAAGAAUUGUUAACACUACUGAGGAAAAACGAUCUAAAAGGUGAACACUUUCAAACAUGAAUGAAGGACACUAUAAUAUUUUUGUUACGAUAUAAAAGCAGUGUUAGACAAUAAAUUAUACUUUAAUGGACACUCCAGAAUAUCAUCAGACAUACAAUGCCAAGAAACAUUACGAGGAAAUAAUAAAUAGUGUUAUCAGGGACCCGACAGAUUUGUCACUCAAAGAGGACGCAUACAUUUCGGUUCAGCAGAGAACUGCUGCUGAAAGGACAAACUGCUGCCUUGUGAUUUAAGAUUUCCCUGAAGCUGCUGACCACUUUAUGACCAGCAAUGGUGGAGCUGGUGGAGAGGGUUGAGAACUAUAAGGACACCACAUUUAAAUACCAUCAACCAUACCUGCCUCAAGGGACCUCCACGGCUGAGAUAUCCGAGAUGUGGCAGGACAUCGAGACUUUGCUGAUGACGGAGGACAGCCCCGUAGUUGGGCCUCUGGUGGCGCCGCCUCCGCACACCACCUAUCAUUACCCUCAUACCUUUACUCCUAUUCCGCCUCAUCAGCCUAUAGGGUCUCCACCGCCUAGAAUAUUGCAUGAAGAUGUAAAAUCUAAAACGCUGCCAAAAUGUUCUCCAGAUGCAGUGGAUCCCUCGCCUACUUCUCAAGCUCCUGCUCCUCACAGCAGUCCCCCUACGCCUCAACCUCCACCUCCUCCCCCUCCACCUCUUCAAUCUCCCACGCAUCAACAGGCACCUCCUGGUCCACAAGCACACGCUCAGCCACCAUCACAGCAGCAGCAACAGCCCCAGCCUACACAACAGCAACAGCAACAUGCUGUCUUUGUUACUACUUUUGAUACAAAAGUUAAAGUCCCUCAGCAAACCAUCUCCCCAGAUCCAUCUCAGGUGACUGCACAUCCUCCUCAACCUCAAUCACAGGCCAACGCUGCUUCUGCACCUCCUCCUCCUCCUACUGCUGUACCACAGCCUACACCUCCCCAGCCUACUCAGCAGGGUCAACCAAAUGAUCAAGCCUCUACCCACAUCACAAUUCCUGAUCCUUCAACCCAAGUCGUUCAAACUAGCCAACCCUUAGCAUCGCCUGUGACUUCUGUUGUCGUAUCCGUUGCCGGUCCUGAUGUUUCCACUACCAUUUCUGCCCCACCAGCUCCUCUGACACCUUCGGCUUACCAGCAAUACAUUGACCUUAAAUCUUAUCAAUGCCUCGAUCAAAAAUUUCAAACUUCUGACCCAAAAUACCAGUGCCCCGACACAAAAUUCCCACUACCUGACCCAAAAUACCAAUGUGUUGAUCCAAAAUUUGUUUCUACUGAUCCAAAAUACACAACAGCCACAGAGGUCAAAUAUACAACCAUUCCUGAGUCUGAUUUUCUCGUCCCUGAUCUCAAGUAUACAACUCUGGACCCUAAAUUUCAGUGCACAGAUCCAAAAUACGGAAGUUACACAACAGUUCCAAUUAAACCAGAAAGUCGUUAUGAGCCCCAGGCUGAUAUGAGUAGUGGUGUUGUAAACUGGGCAGCAGAAGGUUCUGUUUAUUCUUGUAAGGACUGUCCAGUCCCACCAAAUGCCACUCAGUAUACCCCAACAACGUAUGUAUCAGAUUACACCUCAUCUUAUUACUCACAGGCUUACUCCAUGUAUACUACUGCAGCUCCUCCUACAUGGGGUCUAACAAGCAGCCAGAUGGGUGUAACUAGCUACCAGUACAGUACCCCUAUGCCACCUUUAUCAAUGCCUCUCAGUGAACCCCAGCCCCCCCCUCCCAAACCACGCCGCCGGAGGGCUAAAAGGAAGGUCACGAUACACAGUUGCCCAUAUGAAGGAUGUACCAAAACCUACAUCAAAUCAUCUCAUUUGAAAGCCCACCUCAGAACGCACACAGGAGAAAAGCCAUAUCUUUGUUCCUGGAAAGGCUGUGGAUGGAAAUUCGCACGUUCCGAUGAACUCACACGACACUACAGAAAACAUACUGGUGACAGACCGUUCCAGUGUAGGCUUUGUGAGAGGGCCUUUUCACGUUCUGAUCACCUCAGUCUCCACAUGAAACGUCAUAUAGCCAUCUAAAAUAUGAAAAUCUUUUUUAAUCAUAAACAGUCUGUCUCAAGAGGGAUAUCAAAAUAAGCUGGCGAUACUGUUUAUCUUAUACUUGAUACUAUUCUUAUAUUUUAACCUAAUUAUUCAUAUACCAUACAUUUAAAGCUGUACAAUGCAUGCAGUUUUCCUCCCAUUACCAAAAUACAAAACCCACCUUCCCCAAAUUCUUCAAUAUCUCAAACAAUGUACAAACUCUAAUUCAUCAACUAAUUUCUAUUUUUUCAUUAAGAGUGUUGUAUUAUUCUUGCAAUAUGGCAGACCUUAUGUCAACCAUACUAGGUGAUCAUAACGAUGCCUCCGGUACAGGAUGCAUAUGUCUCAGAGUCUCAUUCGAAUUUAUUUGCUGGUUAAAAGCUCAUUAAUCAAAACAUUUUCGUUUAAAUGUUUUUCUGAUUAAUGCCAAAUUAUAUAUUAGCUCUAAACUGCAACCAGAGACCGAAUAGAAAGAACAUGAAAGGAGAGUACAACUCAAGGCUGCAAGAUUAAUGAUAAAGGGCAUCAUUACACAAAACUGCUACAGAGGGUGGCAUUCAAAAGCAGCGUUAGAGGCAUUACAUUGAAGAAGAGUUGGAUCAGCCGAGCGAAAACGUGUUUUUGGUUUAAUGUUAGUCAAUUUUUCUUUCCAAUACUCUGCGUGGGUGUAGAUAUAGCUAACCUCUUUUCUCAGUUCAUUUGAGCGUGUUGUGCUUUGGCAAAUGCUUUAUCUUAUUCAUAUUGUGAUAUUUGUUCUUGCCCAGGGGAACAAACUUGGGAAUUUAACAAGCUUAUGUUAAGUGUCGUAAUGGUAUUUUAGUUGUAAUUUUUUAGCCGUUUGCAUUAUAUGCUGGGGUUUGUUGUAACAAUACGGUGGUUGUUAAAUUCUGUUCCCAAAAAUUGUGAAUGAUCCACAUGAAAUCUCAAGUCUAUUAUAGAGUAGAUCGUAGGGGAAACGACAGUAGAAAUAGACGAAAAAGUGCGGGUCUAGUCAUUGAAAGAUUCUACGACGAUAUGGAUUGAAGUUGAUUACCUUUUCAACACCAGUUCUUAUGAGGAAAUGUCUUUUUGGGUAGAUUUACGAUUUUUGCUUAGGUAACAUUGUUUCUUGGUCUAUAUGCAGGCGAUCGGCAAUUUCAGUGAUAUAUGAAAUUGCUUAUAAAAUCUGAUCAACUGAGCGUCCGUUUCAUUAGACCAAGUUUGUAAUUAGUAGUUUUCGUGCAACUGAUUAUGGUGCUUGUAACUGUGUUCUGCACUUUAGCAAAUAUUUUACAUAUUUUUCUAUGAUUCUUAACAUUAAGUUUUUGUACAGGUAAACCACAAGUUAUCUUUAGAACCUACUUUUGCGUCAAUUUUGUUCUUUCUGUUGUUAUUGUUAUUGUUAAAAGCCACAGUCUUAUCUAAAUUGCCCAUUUUAAGAGGCUAAAAUUCUUCAUUGAUUUCUGCAUUUUUUCAUUGACAGUCAGGGAUUAAAAUAGCAUCGUCUUAAAAAUUUAAGUAGCAUCCACAAUUAAGAACUUUCGAUGUAUUCAUAGGUAAAUCAAAAUACAUAUUGUGCAUGUGUGCAUGCCAGCGUGGUCUUGGAUAAAAGGAUAUCUUCCUGAGAGAGACUCUCAAUUUGAAAAUCCUUUCCGACCUAUGAAUACAUUUUACAGUCAUGUUAGUUUUCACAGAAUGUAUUAUAUUUCUUAUUCAACCGUCCACUAGCUACUGUAGUUUUGCGCCUAGUUCCAGAGAAAUUGUAUUUUGUGCUACUGUAUUAAUAUGUGUAUAGUUUUGUACAUACAUUUUAUACAGGGUGAUGCCAAAGGCGGAUCACAUUUUUUUACAAUAAAUUUUAUACUUUACAUUUGA